AAAAGCACACAAAUCCGGGACUCAAUCGCGAGAGUACUUCCCGUUUGGAAACAGAGUUCACUUCCACUCAAAAGUUAUAUUCAUGGGAUGUAUGCCUUCGGCUUAGAAGAGACGCAACUGUACGACAGAGCGGAACGGGAGGCCAGACUCGCAUUGGAGGCCAACCGGAACGACGGGUGGGCGACACACGCGGUGUCACACGUGAUGACAAUGGAGGGCCGGGCGUCCGAUGGCAUCGACUUCAUGAGCUCCACAGUAGAGGACUGGCAGGUAUGCAACUACUUGGCCUGUCAUAACUUCUGGCACUGGGCUCUCUUCCACAUCGAGCGCCAGGAGUACGAGACAGCCGUCCAGUUGUUCGACACAGAGAUCGGGCGAAGAGCGCUCCACAACCGAGCGAUGCUCGACAUCGUGGACGCCGCGUCACUCCUGUACCGCCUCGACCUCAUCCAACCCCGACAGUUGACCACAAGACGGCACUGGGAGGACGUGUACUCCAUAAUCGAGCCGCACCUCAACGACCACAUCCUCGGCUUCAAUGACGCCCACUUCCUGAUGGCCUGUUUGGGCGCCGGCCGUAUCAAAGAAGCCCAACAACUUAUCGAAACAUUCGACCCGUCGGUCAGUACCGACACCUGGACUCGAGUGACACUCCCUCUGCUGGAGGCUAUGGUUGACUUCCAUGAGGAACGGUAUAAGGAAACGGUCGACAAACUCAUGAAAAUCAGGUACGAAAUCAUUGAAAUCGGCGGCAGCGAUGCCCAGCGGGACGUCUUCAACCAACUGCUGAUCAUCGCUGCCCUCAAAUCGCCGCUUCCGACGCAUAAACGCUUGUGUCAACGGCUGUGCGCCGAACGCCAGGCGCUCAACGACUCGCCUUUUAUUAACGUUUUGCAAUCCGUUCAGUGAAAUCGACGAUAAGAAGCGGCAAAAAAAGAC